AUGGCUGACCAGCCAGACUCCAAAACCCAGCGCAGAGAAGCACCACAUCCCCAGCAAGAACGAGCCCCCAAGUUCUCCGACUACCUACGAGUCUUCAGCUACGCAACAAAACGGGAUGUGUGCAUCUAUAUCCUAGGUUCUCUAGCAUCCGUGGGCGCGGGCGUCAUGAUGCCGCUGAUGAACGUGAUUUUCGGACAGCUCGUGGGCCAGUUCACGGAUUCGAUCAGGGACGCGAGGUCCUCCACACUCAACGACUUCCAAAAGCUUGUCGACAAACAAGUAUUAUACAUCAUGGGCCUGUUUUUCGGCCGCUGGUUUCUCAGUUCGAUCAAUAAGUUCUGUUUCCGAGUAAUGGGUAUUCGCCUCUCUGCUGCCGUUCGCCUGCAUUACCUGAACUCGUUGUUGUCACAGUCGAUUCAGGUCAUCGACUCCAUCCCCCUCGGCACGCCUGCUACCGCAAUCACUGCAACCACGAAUACACUGCAGAUUGGUGUGUCGGAGCGGCUAGGGACGAUGUUGCAAUCCCUUAGCACUGUUUGUGCUGCCGCGAUCGUCUCGUUUAUCUGGAGCUGGAAUAUCACAUUGGUGACCUUCUCGUUAUUGGUAUAUGUGCUGGUUGUCCUGGGAGUGCUUACACCGCGGAUCCUCAAGGGUUUCAAUGCCAUGACCAAAGCGGAUGAAGAAGGUAUAGCCCUCGCUAGCGAAGCCAUCGAAGGCAUUCGUCUUGUCGCGGCGUGUGGUGCAGAGAGUCUUGUAGCCUCUCGCUAUGAGGAUCGCGUACUAGAGGCGAGGCGACAGAUCCAGAAUACCGCACCCUUUAUUGCGCUGCAGUUGGGUCUUAUUUUCUUUGGCGUCUUUGGCUCAUUUAGCUUGGCCUUCUGGUACGGCGCUCAGCGAUUCGCCGUCGGUGCAAUCAGUAAUGCCGGCGUAGUUCUUGUUGUGAUAAUGUCGGUCAUGAUGACCUUCAUGUCUAUACAGAGCAUCUCGUUGCCGCUCCUGGAUAUCAGCAAAGCGAUGGUGGCUGCACGCGACUUUUUUGCUGUGAUUGAUACACCGCAGGCUGCGUCAGGCUCACUCAAGCCAGAUAUUUUCUCGCAAGAUAUACUAUUCAAGGACGUCACAUUUGAAUAUCCGACCCGGCCUGGUGCUACGGUCCUCGGUGGACUGAAUAUUUGCAUCAGGUCUGGUCAUAACACAGCUCUUAUUGGCCCUUCUGGAUCGGGUAAGAGCACCGUUGUCGCCUUGCUAGAGCGAUGGUACUCCCUGAGAGAUCCCUGUGCACUGUCCAGUGAAAACAUGGGUGAAGAAAAGAUAAAUCCCGAACCCAGAAUUUCCGGAUCCAUCACUAUCGGAGGCUAUGACUUGAAUGAUCUCGACCUCAAAUGGUGGAGAGGUCACAUAGGCCUAGUUCAGCAAGAACCUUUUCUUUUCAAUGAUACAAUCUUCAAUAACGUCAAAAUGGGUCUCAUAGGUACCCAGUGGGAAGAUGAAUCCGAAGAAUGCAAGAAGGAGAUGGUUCGCAAGGCAUGUGAGGAGGCCUACGCUGAUGAAUUCAUCACUCGCCUCCCAAACGGAUACGACACUCGCGUCGGCGAUGGAGGCACAAAACUGUCUGGAGGCCAAAAGCAGCGUCUUGCCAUCGCCAGGAGCAUCAUCAAGAAGCCUCAGAUUGUCAUUCUUGAUGAAGCCACAAGCGCAAUUGAUGCCAAGAGUGAAAAGAUAGUCCAGGCUGCACUUGACAGGCUUUCGAAAAACCGCACAACUAUUACCAUCGCGCACCGCCUCAGCACCAUUCAAAACGCGGACCACAUUGUGGUCUUGCGCAAUGGGCAAGCCGUUGAGCGAGGGACGCACCAGAGUCUCCUUGCAAAUGAAUCGGGUGUUUAUAAUGCUUUGGUGCGGGGUCAGUCGCUGCAUUUCUCUAAUCACAAACCUGCUGAUGCUCCAGAACUCGUGCCGGAUGAUCACGAAUCCGAAAAUGCUACUACUAACAAUUUUCACACAACCAAAACCACGAUCACCCCGAAGACUGGCAAGUUUGCUCGAUACAUGAUAGGAACUCUUGUACAACUCUUUAGAGAUCAGCGCGCGCACUGGCCUUCUUACUUAGGCAUCAUGUUUUCUUCCAUGGCAGUCGCCGCGGGCACACCGAUCCAGGCAUGGCUUAUUGCAAAAGUCAUUGGCAUUUUUCUAUUGUCCGGGGCGGAAAUAAAACAACAAAGUGACUUUUUGGGCCUGAUGUGGCUUGCUUUAGCCGGCGGCGUAGGCAUUGCGUACUUCUUCCAAGGCCUGAUCAGUGUGCGUCUGCAAUACUUUGUCAAUGCAAAGUAUAACCUGCACUAUUUCAACAACCUCCUGCACCAGAAGCCCGGAUUUUUUGACGAAGAUGUCAAUUCUCACGGCACGUUGACUUCUCAUAUAGCGGGUGACGCAAAGCAGGUUGGGGAGCUCUUUGGUGUGAACCUGGCGUUUCUAUUAUCUGGUUUAUUCAUGGUAAUCGGUUGCAUCAUUAUUUCGCUGGUCUUCAGCUGGAAGCUUGGUUUGGUAGCUUUGUUUGGCACUAUGCCGAUUCUGCUGGGCACCGGUUUCUGGAAAGUCAGAUACGAGGUGCAAUUUGAACAGAUGAAUUCCAUGGUUUUCAUGGAAAGCUCGCAGUUUGCCACUGAAGCAAUCGGAGCCAUUAGGACGGUCUCUGCGCUCGAAAUGGAAUCUUCCAUUAACGCCAGAUACCAGAAGCUUCUGAACGGCCAUAUCCAAGCAGCGUAUCGCAAGGCACUAUGGACUGCUGCGCUCUUCGGAUUUGCAGAUAGCGCUACACUUGGAUGCCAGGCCUUGAUUUUCUGGUAUGGUGGAAAGCUUCUGAGUAGAGGCGAGGUGUCCCUAGAGGCAUUCUUUGUCUCCCUGAUGGCCAUGGUGCAAGGUGCUGAGGGAGCAGCGCAGUCACUGGCAUCGACUCCCAACGUAACACGGGCAGCUGCUGCUGCAAAACGUAUAUUUGACACCCACAAGUCUGUCGUGAGGAGAUCUAUACACAUGACUACCACCAGCAGCGCGAUACCAAACGCAGACGGUGGAGUCCAAAUAGACAUACAAAACGUAUCUUUCAAGUAUCCAACGAGAGAAGUUUUCGUCUUCAAAGACCUAUGUCUCAACAUCAAAAAAGGGCAGUACUUGGCAUUCGUUGGCCCAUCUGGCAGUGGGAAGACAUCUAUAAUCUCCCUUUUAGAGAGAUUCUAUGAUUUGGAACCCGGCAACGGUGCCAUUUUAUGUAACGGCAUCAACAUCAAUGACCUUGACGUAUAUGAAUAUCGAAAGCAUCUAUCGCUUGUAUCCCAGGAACCAAUUCUGUUCCGAGGUACGGUGCGUGACAACAUCUUAUUCGGUGUUGCCAACCCCGAUUCGAUUCCAGAUGAACAGGUCCAUCAAGUUUGCCGCGACGUCUCCAUCCAUGAUUUCAUCAUCUCUUUACCGGAGGGAUACAAUACCGACGUAGGGCAUAAAGGAAUCGCCAUGUCUGGAGGACAGAAACAGCGAAUCGCUAUCGCGCGGGCGAUGAUGCGAAAUCCUAGCAUCCUCUUCUUGGAUGAAGCAACGUCGGCGCUGGAUUCCGAGUCCGAGAAGAUAGUACAGGCUAGCAUCGAAAGAGUGAAGGGAAGAACCGUGAUUGCGGUAGCUCAUAGACUGUCGACAAUCCAGAACGCGGACGUCAUCUUUGUCUUGGACGAUGGCAGGGUGGUGGAGUCUGGCAGCCACAGUGAACUUAUUGAACAGCACGGAAUAUACUGGGAGAUGUGUCGGAAUCAAAUAUUGAAUCAGUAG